AUGGUCGACGUUUAUAAACGUGAUAAGGAGUUGGAUGUGUUGGAUAGACAGAAGAGUACGACAAGGGCAAAGACUGAGGAGUUGGAGAAACGUGCCGCUGAUAGUUUGAUCGAACGCGGUCGUAAGGACUUUGCCGAUAUGUUGCAGACAGAGACGACGCGUAUGAAUUACAUCGACGAGUGGUCCACUCGCUGCGGUUUGGCCCAGCCCAACACACGUCUCAACAAGGACAUGAUGUUUGCGCCAAUGCCCGCCCAGUCAAACCCACAUCUGCGAGAGAUGCGCGAGAUUCAGCAGCAGGCGGCAACGCUGCAGAAGAACAUUCACGACCUGUUCCACUCGGCCGCCAACAAGGAGGAGCAUCUACUCAAUCUGAUUAGCGACAUGGAGACAAAGAUCGUGGCGAUGCAGCAACAGGUGGCAGAGAAACAGAAGACCACCAGCAAGAAGGAGACUGAUGCAUUGGUCGCCAGGCUCGAGGCCGAGGGCAGCAAGGAUUUCAAGGUGCGCGACAUCAUCAAGAACAUCCACGUGGCCUUCAAGUGCAACAACCCCAGCGAUCACGAGAUCGAUGAGCCCGCACCACCCGCGACCACGACCGACCCGCGAUCAAAGACUCCAGUGCAGGCAAUGACGGGCACCAGCAAGUCAAUGCUGAUACGUCAUCAGUCCACGCCAAAGUUGAUGUCCAAGUCGACGCCCAACUUGCCCGAGAUUGCCAACAAGGCUGCAUUGUCACCUGACCUCACUGCGUUGGUCGCGCAGACCAAGCAGUAUCCAAUCACACUCAACCUCUCUGGUGAGCUUCACUACAGUGUGUACAGCGUCGAGUUGGACACCAUCGAAUCAUUGCGACAUCGUUUCUUCAAGCAUCUCCAAAGCACAGCCGCCUACACCCUCGCCAAGAUGGAGAUAGGCAAUGUCGAUCAACUAUCACUCAAGACAUCAUCUCAUACCUUCUUCUCCAACGAGCCAAAGAUAUUUGUUAAAUAUAUCCCCUACUUCGCCGAUCAUGUCAAUCAAUCUAAUGAUCACUCUCUUAAUCCUGUAAUAUACAUUGUAUCAAACAAACAAGAACAACUUAUCAACAAUCAAAUCAGCCUAAUCAUAGAGAACUAUAAUGAGUCACUAAAGACUACCAAUCAAGAAUCGAUAUACUUUAGGACAAAGAUGAUUGAUUUCCUCGAGGCAAUCACUAGACAGAGGAAGAAGUUGGAUGGCGACCUUAAGUCCUAUCGCACUCCAAUGUCAUCAUUCAUCAGAGUGCGCUCAGUUACCAACCCUCUACCAUCACGCUCAUUCAAUCAUCUCUCGCGAUCACUCUCACCGCAGGCACACGCCUCAUUCCUGGCGACAUCGCCACCCUCCACCUCGUCAUCGUCAUCGCGACCACUCGAGAUUGCCGCGGCCAAUGCCGAAACGAACAAUUCGAACGACGACAACAUCUCCAAGUCAGUCGAGAACGUCUCGAUUCUAUCGAGCAGUGGCUCGUGGAAGUCGUGCUCGCCUUCCAACCGCGCGGUCCCUCCAAGAACAGGCGCCGACCAGCCUUCGUCGCCCGUGAUGAAUAACCACCAGAUGCUCACGAUGGGCCACGCGGGCACAUGCAACAUGCGCAUAUUCAUCAGCGAGAACAUUAUUAAGACAUUCCAAUGCCAUAUUCAGACGGCGGCGGGCGAGCUCAUCGACAGCCUCUACUCCAAGUACGCCAAGAUCAUCCAGAUCACGCACAAGCUGCCCGAGUCCAAGUCAUCAGUCAAGGAGCUUAAGAUGAUGUUCGUCGUCAAGAUACGUGGCGUCGAGAUCUAUUUGCUCAAUCAAUCAAUCCCACUCUCAUCAAUCGAUUACAUCAACACGCGAUCGCGACGACAGAAGAAGAUCGAUCUAAUUCUCGUGCCCAAGCAGACGCUGGACCUUCAGCACCUCCAGCUGAUCUCUGACUACAGCGAGCUGUCCAAGCUGCACUCGCGCGAGUCGCUCGAGAUCGAGCUGGACGACGACAAGCUCGAUCACUCCACGCCCAACCUCUCGUACUCUGUCACCAAGAACUUCCGUCUGCGCGUCGGUGGUCUCAAGAACUUCCCCGUCGACAACUUCCCGUCGCUGGCGUCGGCGCUGCCCAAGUCGCCCAAGCUCUAUAUCAGCUGCCAGAUGUACCAGUGCGGCUACAAGAUUGGCCAGGAGAUGCUGUCGCCUCAGAUCGCUCUGAUGUCGAACCCCUCGUGGCUGUCAUGGGUCGAGGGCACAUCAUACAAUCACAUCCCAUCCAACACGACCAUGUUGUUGCAGAUCAAGGUGAAGAUACCGGGCGUGCGCGAGGAUGCCGUCUUGGGUUGGGUCAACUUCCGUCUGUGGAACUACCAGAACCGCCUCAACUCGGGCUUCCACUGCCUCAGGACGUGGUCCGAUUCCAAGCCCAAUCCAAUCGGAUCGCUCAAUGAGAACACCGAUCAGCAGUCCAAUCCAAUCAGUCUGUCGUUCGAGGUGGAGAUGUCCUCGCCCCCAAUCAUAUUCGCACCAUUGCCACCCGGCAAGGAGUCGAGUCGCAGCGGCAAGGAUGAGCCCUCUCUCACAAUCGCCCAACUCCAACACCUCACCACAAUCAUCGAGAAGGAUCCACUCACGGACCUGACGCAGGACGAGUUGGACCUGUGCUGGCGACACCGCCACUACUGCAAGACCGUACCCAAGUCGGCGUCCAAGGUCAUUUUGUCCGUCCCCUGGAACAGUCCAGAGUGCGUACAGGACCUAUACCAGAUCAUGCACGACUGGCUGCCCCUGGACCCCGUUGACACGCUCGAGUUGCUCAGCUCCAAGUUCCUGGACGGCGAGGUGCGCAAGUUCGCCAUCACCACACUCCGUCGCAUGAGUGACUCUGAGCUGACGCUGUACCUGCCGCAGCUUGUGCAGGCGCUCAAGCACGAGCCCAACCACUACUCGGUGCUGGCCAAGUUCUUGCUGCGCCGCGUACUCCUCAACCGCCAACAGAUGGGCCAUCUUUUCUUCUGGCAGAUCGUCGCGGAGAUCUCUAACCUUAACCGCGAGCUGCACGCCGAGUGGGUGGAGCGAUACACACUCAUCUUGGAGAGCUUCCUCAAGGGCAGCGGUAAUCGUCUGCAAGAGAUACACAAACAGUUCGACCUGUACCAGAUGAUCAAGGGCGUGGCGAUCGGUGUGAAGACCGUGCCAAACACCAAGCGCAAGGACUACAUCACAACAUCAUUGUCCAAUCUCAAGCUGGCCAAUGACUUCCAGCUACCCAUCAAUCCAGAGUUCAGCGCCAGAGGCAUUGAGGUCUCAGCGUGCAAGAUCAAGGAGUCCAAGACUCUGCCACUCUGGCUAUCGUUCAUCAAUAGCGACCCACUUGGUGACAACAUCUUGACCAUCUUCAAGGCUGGCGAUGACCUGCGUCAAGACCAACUCACACUUCAAAUGAUUGAUCUGAUGGAUAGGAUGUGGCUGAGCGAGGGCAUCGACCUCCAGACCAUCAGCUACAAGUGUAUUACAACAGGACCAUUCGAAGGAAUGAUCGAGGUGGUUGGCGAGUCAGUGACCAUUGCAGAGAUCCAGAAGCUCUCUGGUGGCAUUGCCGCCGCCUUCUCAGAGACAGCCAUUGACAGCUGGUUGAAACAGGUCAAUCCAUCAGAGUUUGAGUACAAGCUAGCAGUCGAGAACUUUGUUCGAUCAUGUGCUGGAUGCUGUGUCUACACCUUUAUCCUUGGAAUUGGUGAUCGUCAUAACGACAACAUUAUGAUCACCAAGUCUGGUCACCUUUUCCACAUUGACUUUGGAAGAUUCUUGGGCAAUGUUCAGACAUGGAAUGGCAUCAAGAGAGAACGAUCACCAUUUGUAUUCCCUCGUUCGUUCGCUCAUAUCAUUGGUGAGCACUUCAAGACAUUCGAGGAUCUCUGUGGCAAGGCCUACAACAUCAUUCGAAAGAAGGCUCAUAUGGUAUCAACUGGUAUGCCAGAGUUGAAUCAUAGAGAUGACAUCAAAUAUCUUCGUGAUGCGCUUGCUCUUGACCUGACCCAGGAACAGGCCGCCGUCAAGUUCUCCGAGAUGAUCCAAGAGAGUCUAAAGGCCAAAGCAACAGGUGUCAACUUUGCCGUGCACAUACUUGCCAAUCCAAAUUGA